GAUAACCCAAUUUUUUUAACCGUGUAGAGGUUGGGCGUGACUAGAAAUAUGCAGAAGCCAUGGUGGUCAUUGUGCUUGCUGGCUGUGUUCAUGUUUGGUCUUGACUCCAAGCUUGUGGGUGAAGCUUUCCAACCAGAAUUCGCAGAACCGAUUACAAAUUUAACGGUUCCACUCGGUCGCGAUGCGACUUUUAAAUGCUUAGUUCAGAAUCUUGGGGGGUACAGAGUAGGUUGGGUCAAAGCAGAUACUAAAGCCAUUCAAGCUAUUCACGUUCACGUGAUAACAAACAACCACAGAGUAGGAGUCUCUCACAACGGUCAGUCCGUCUGGAACCUUCAUAUCAGGAACGUCCAAGAAGAAGAUCAAGGUCAAUACAUGUGUCAAAUAAAUACCGACCCUAUGAAAAGCCAGAUGGGGUUUUUGCAAGUGGUGAUACCACCAGAUUUUAUACCAGAAGAGACGUCUGGAGAUCUAAUGAUUCCAGAAGGUGGCACAGCCAGGUUGUCUUGUCGGGCACGAGGUAUGCCGAGCCCUAGAAUAAUGUGGAGAAGAGAAGAUGGCGCGGAUAUUGUUAUAAGAGAUGCCCAAGGUGGUAAAACUAAAGUAACCACCUUCGAAGAGGAAGUUUUGACCCUGACAAAGAUAUCGCGAUCCGACAUGGGGGCCUACCUAUGCAUCGCCAGCAACGGCGUGCCCCCUUCAAUCAGCAAGAGGAUACAAAUCAAAGUCCAUUUUCAUCCAGUAAUCCAGGUGCCGAACCAGUUGGUAGGAGCGCCCCUGGGCACAGACGUCACCUUGGAAUGCUAUGUGGAAUCAUCCCCGAAAUCAAUCAACUAUUGGGUUCGAGACUCAAACGAAAUGGUGAUAUCGUCCAAUAAGUAUGAAGUCGUGAAUACGGUGAUGAGUUCCUUCGAGAGUCGCAUGGCACUGACGGUGCGGCACCUUACUGUUUCCGAUGUCGGCGGGUAUCGGUGUGUGGCGAAGAACUCUUUGGGAGAAGUUGACAGUGUUAUCAGAUUAUAUGAAAUUCCAGGUUCUACGGUAAGAAACACAAGUCCGUCAAACAAAAAAGAAGAUUUCAAGUAUUCAACUCCUGUUGAAGGACCCGACAACCAGUUUGGCUCCGCUGAUCAUUCGGAUGAUGAAGACGACCGGGAAACGGUCAGUGAUGUUACGGAGAAGUCACAGAUUAUAGAAAAAAUAGACAAUGUCACAAAUAAAAAUAAAAGUAUGAGUCUAAACACUUUGGUAAAUGAUAAUAAUAAACUUAGCAACAAAGUUCGAAAAAUAAUAAACAAAUUUGAUUUAGUUGAACAAUUUCAAAUAAAUAGUAGUUAUAAAUUAAAGAAUAUAUUUAAAAUGUAUAAUCUAUUAGCAGUAGUAUAUAUAGUUAAUCUCAUGUGGCAUUUAGUACAUUAGUUGUUAUAUCAUAAUAUAAUACAAAUACCUCCAAUGUUAUCAUUGUUUGUUAUGCAAAUAAUCCCAUUAAUUUUAAGUGCGAUUGUCAAAGGACUUGUACAAAAAUAUUAGUCCGUGUAUUCAUGAUGGCGUAAAAAGUAUAAAACAAUCAUAAAGAUUUUAUUUGUUUGUAAGAAUGAUCAUUUAUUAUACCUAUAUGAUAAAAUUUAACCUACAAAUCAUCCGUACUUAAAAUCUUGAUCUAUCGAAAUAUUAAUAAAUGCAUUAAAUAAGGUAACUGAUGGCUUUUUGCAAAAAAAAUCUUACUAUUACUACAAAAUGAUAGCAGCAAACUGAUAGAAUAUAGAAUGGGGUACUAACGGUCCAGCAUGAUUAAUUAGAGAAUUUGAAGUGGACCGUAAAUUGAUAUUGAUGAUCGACUUCCUCCCAACUUUUACGGCCUCUUUUAAAUAGCACUAUCUAUAAUGUUUUCACCUAAAAUUACUUAGUAUUUCAUA